UUUCAAUUUAAAAUAAUGGGUUGGGAUAGUAAACACCUCUUGUUCUCAUACAAAAAUCUUGUAAAUUGAUGUACUUGAUCUUUUCUUUUUGUGAACUCUGGCUCUCUUCAAAAGUUUGGGUCACCUUCCUUUGAGAGUCUUGCUCUUCACUUUCUUCACCUUCUCCACUUUCAUUAUCAGAGGGUUUUAAUAAUCUAGUGAUUUUGUGCAUAUCAAAUAAAAUUUGAUCUUUCACUUGCUGUUUGGCUUCUUUUAUCAAUUUUUUACUUCAAUCUAUCUUGAGCUCUUUUCCUCAUUCUCCAGUCCGAAAAGUCUUCUUUUGUUGUUCCCUUUCCUUUCCUUCAGCUUCCAAAUUUUCCAACAGUUUUAGCUCUCUUGCCAGAUUUGGGAGCUCUGAUAGAUUGAUACUCAGAGGGCCCAUUUUUAGGUUUAUUCUCAGGCAAGAUAGGAGAUUUCUUAAGUUUCUCCUUCAACAACAAUGAAUGAGGAAUGUAUGGAACUCUGAUAGCAUUAUCUCCAAGUCUUAGCAUUUCAUGGUGAUAGUAAUGCAUUUUAUGCUCUUCCUCGCUCUCAAGGUUGAGGUAUUCUGAAAAAUCCUUUCCAUAUCUACCUUCUCUUAGCCGAUCUCUGACAACCUUGUCGAUGGUAUAAAGAGUGCUGUUAGGAAGUUUAACAUCUAAUUUCUUAACGAACUGUUCAAAAUUCUUAGCAUUGCCUUUUAAGAUUGCUCUGUUUAAUUUCAUCAACUCCUUCUUCUCAAGUCAUUCAUGCUUCACAAUGGGUGGAGGGAGCUUCCUCUUUGGAAUGGCACUUUUAGCUCUAGUGGGUUUAUUAUAUCGUGAAUUAAGUUCUUUUUGGUACUCAUCAUACUCUUUAAAAUCAUUGUAUCCUUUUCUAACCCUGAAAUACUCAUUCGAGGCGAUACGGUUGACAUCAGUAGCACGACUUGCUAAGCCGUCAUAAGCAAUAUAAUUCUCAAAUCUUCUGUCAUCCUCUGGAGGUUGGAAAUUAGUCAUAGUCUAGUUUAUAUUU